AGGUGUGUCUUGGCUAGAUUCCCCAUAUUUCAAGUGGAGAAAUUCUAAAAAAUAAUAAUAAUAAAGAGGCACCAGAACUUGGCCUGUGAAAAUUGCAUAGCUAUAAAAGCAAAACCCUGUAAUACUUAUUCCAAAACUUUGACCAUAUAUAGCAAAAAUUCUUACUUCAGAAACGUUAUUUACUCAUCAAGUCAGUUACUUCUUUUGCAGUUUACUUCUUUAUUCUCCUAGCUUACUUUUCCAGAUAACCUGGCAGCUAAAGGCUAUGCAACUGCAUAAAUGGAAAUUUAGGCAGCAUCAACUUAACAGAUUUUCACCCCUGAAUUCAAAGUUAAAGACAAAUGUAAGGGCAUUUUGGUGCAGUAAAGAUCACUGCAUAUAAAGUGCAGUGAAAUACCUCUUCUUCCUAAAUGAAAUCUUACAGGGAAAUAAAGUGCAUGUGGGACACAAAACAGGAGACAGAUUAAAGCUUGUAUAGCUUACUAUUUUCCGUCUAUUGUGAUACGCAUAGGCUAACACCUAGGCCACAUGAGAAAUGAGCAAAAGACAAAUAAGCAAAAGGGAUUAACCUCAUGAUGAAAACUAGAACUAAUUUUUUAACUAAACAAGAUUAGAUACCUGGCAUUUGAGCAUUGUAAACAUCAGUAAUAUCAAAUUAAAGCCUAAAAAAGGUGUGUAAUAUGAGGGAAGACACACAGACAAAAAAUCAGAUUACUUUCUGCAAUAUAUGUGAACCUACAAAGCCAUAGGUUAGUAAAUACUUUCAAAUAUGAAAAUCAACAGAUGCUGGGAUAAAACUCAAAAAGAUUAGUCAGAAAGCUUCAGCAGAAAGAUCUAGUGGUCACUUUCCCAUCAUAUGCCAACAAAGCAAACCAAACAGCAUAAAAGGGCCUGUUUACCAAGGUUUCGACAUACAAAAAUCUAUAAGAAAUACCAUGAUAUCCCUACGUGAUGUCUACCAUGUUGUGGCAGCCACUAUACCUUUAUAUGUUGUCAUGAUCUUAGCCUAUAUCUCUGUAAGGUGGGGGAAACUCUUUUCACCAGAGCAAUGCUCUGGAAUCAACAAGUUUGUAGCGAAAUUUUCAAUACCUUUAUUGUCCUUCCAAGUGAUAUCAGGAAGCAACCUCUACAAAGUAAACCUGAAGCUUCUAUUAGCAGAUUUCAUUCAAAAAUUUCUUGCUGUCUUUCUACUGGCAAUUUUAUCCAAACUGAAGCCCAAAGGAAACCUGACUUGGAUCAUAACAGGUCUUUCAGUUUCCACCCUUCCAAACACCUUAAUUUUGGGGAUCCCGCUAAUUAAGGCCAUUUUUGGGGAUGCGGCAGCAGAACUACUAGCGCAGCUAAUUGCACUACAGAGUUUAGUCUGGUACAACCUCCUCCUACUCCUAUUCGAGCUCCAUGCAACAAAAGAAUCUUAUGUGAUGUCACCAUCAGAAGUAGCAGAGCUUGAGGUCCCUGGAGAACCAGAACUAGAAGAGGACGGUGAGGAGGAAGCGACAGACAGACCCCCAAGGAAGAAAACAAUUAUGGUAAUUCUUCUAACAGUUGGAAGGGAACUCAUAAUAAAUCCUAAUACACAUGCAACUCUAGCCGGUAUUAUUUGGUCAAGCAUACACUUCAGGUGGGGAGUCGAUCUGCCAAAAAUUGUUGAACAAUCAAUAUCAAUACUUUCAGAUGGUGGACUAGGAAUGGCAAUGUUUAGCAUAGGUGUUUUCAUGGCAUCCCAAGAUAGUAUUAUAGCAUGCGGAACCAAAAAGGCAAUAUUAGCAAUGGCACUGAAGUUUGUUCUUGGACCUGUUCUCAUGGCAAUCUCAUCUAUUGUUGUUGGACUAAAGGGAAAAUUGUUUAGAUUGGCAAUAGUACAGGCAGCCCUUCCCCAAGGAAUCGUUCCUUUUGUGUUUGCCAAGGAGUAUAACAUACAUCCAACCAUCUUAAGUACAGGGGUAAUCUUUGGCAUGCUGAUUGCAAUACCAAUUGCUUUGGCAUACUAUUUCCUGUUGGAAAUAUGAAACUCAGACAUGGUCAUCGCAGUUAGCAGUUAUUCAAAAAUUCGUCAGGGAUACAGUUUGCUCUUCUCUAACAAAUUCAACUGUAGAGGGUUACGAUAAGGAAAAGGCGAAAAUCUUAUUGACUAUAGUUCUUGUAUAAAAGAAUAAAUGAUAAAUGUGUGUCAAUUUAUCUUACCAACUCAUUUAUUAUAUUAAAACAAGAGCUAGCAAUUAGCAUGCAUGAAUAAAUCCAAUUUCAGCAAUGAAUAGUCAGUCUCCGAGUUCAAGCAUUUCAGAGAGAGAGAAUGACAAGAACGGUAUUGAUGAGAGCAUGUCAUUAUCUGUUCUCUACACAAAAUUACAGAAAACCUAAGUAAAAAUCAGAUACGAUAUGAGUAAAAACGGGAACAACCAUAGAAAUGAAACUAGUUUUACUACAAUCUAACAAUUAUAAGAUUACAACUGUGGACUUAAGAAAACAAAGAAAUGAAAUACUAGAGAUUAGUCAGAUUACCAUAAAAGAGUUCCUAUAUUAUCAAAGAGAACAACUAGG